UGUUCUCUGAUAUUUUUUCAUAAUGCCGAACUGUUGUGUCGUUACGUGCAAUAACAGAAGUGAAACGAAGAACUACAAGAACGAUGGAGUCACUUACCACGUAUUUCCAAAAAAAUCGACUUUUAAAGAAAAAUGGAUGGACGCCACGGGCAGAGGUCCUAACUGGAUUCCUGUCCAAAGAAGCGUGAUAUGUUCGGAUCAUUUUCAGGAAAAAUGUUUUCAACCUCUUAAUAAAAGCCGUAGACUUUUCGACUGGGCAAUACCUACUUUGAAGAUUUGUCAUAUUGUUUCAUCGGAUUGUUCAAAGCCUAUGUCUACAGGCUCAAAGGCAAAUCAGACUCCCGAAUCAAACACUGAUAAUAAUUUAGCGAGGAAAAAUAACACAGAUUGUUCAAAGUCUAUGUCUACAGGCUCAAAGGCAAAUCAGACUCCCGAAUCAAACACUGAUAAUAAUUUAGCGAGGAAUAAUAUCACACCGGACUUCACUUUCGUGACUUGCGAUGAUCAGCAACCGGACGAUACUAGCGAUAUUUUUGAGACAGCCCUAAGAUUUGAAAUGCGACUGAAAAUUGAAAAAUAUGAAAGCGUGAUAAAUAAACAGAGGACUAAAAUUAGGACGCUUCAGAAGAAAAACCUCCGCUACCAGAAACGAAUAUCAGAACUUGAAGAUAAAAUGAAGAAACUCAAUGAAAAAAAAGCAAAGAAAUCCCUUCUAUGAUCCGAGGUGUCACCAAAGAAUUUGACUGUCAAAUAUGCGGUGAACUUUCCAACCAACAAUAAUUAGUGCUUCAAAUUAUUCCAAACAACACCUAAUUGUUACUAGACACGUGCAAUUAUGCUAAAUAAUUACAUACAUAAACAAACUUUUUAAUAUUUUAUUGGUGCCUGUU